UGCUAAUUAACUGAUUUUGCUUUGUUUUUUUCUCCCAAAAAUAGUUCUGGUGUAAAAAUACAACCGCCGUCUCAUUUUUCUUUGGAAUUUGAUAAUUGAAUUUUCACUCACCAUUGAAUUCAGCCAAAAAAUUAAUUCCGCAUCAAUCAAACUUACUAGUCACCAUCGUCAUCAAAUUGCCUUUGAUUGAUUGAUUGAUAAUGAUCAAUACAAAUUGUAACAGCAACACUACCACCAACAACAAUAUUAUAAAAUCAUCAUCAAUUAAUGAUCGUAAACGAACAUUAAUUGAAGAUUUUAUUCAAUCAAAUGAUGAUAAUAUUAAAAUUAUACAAAUUGAUGAUCAUGCUAUUGAAGCAAUAUUUGAUCUAUUAGAACAUCCUGAACGUGAUGUUGAGUUAUUCAUAUCAAUUACAAAAAGGCUAUAUAAUAUUUAUAAAACACAAGAUCGUGAAUUACGAUUAAAAACAAUAAUAUUUUUACCAACAUUGAUUGCUGUUUAUAUUCGUUAUCAUCAUCAAAAUUAUCAUCAUCAGCAUUGUUUGGCUUCAACGAAUGAUAAUGAUGACCAACAAAAACAACAACCAAAUUCGGAACCAAAAUCUUCCAUUGCUAUACUAUUAAUGUGUAUUUAUAAUUUUGAAAUUAUUAAUCAAAAAACUGGAGAUUUAAAAACAAUCGAUAUACGAUUAAUAUCAUUAUCAAAACCAUCAAUUUAUCAUGAACAAAGUGCACAUACAUCUGGCCAAGUUUCAAUACCAACUGAACAAAUGUUAGCAAAAAUAAAUAAUCCACAAGAAUCAAAAAUAACAAUAUUUGGUCCAUAUCAUGAAGUGGAACAUUUAAAUACUGGUAAUCAACAAUCAAUAUUUACUGUAUUAAUGAAAUUAUAUAAUCAACAUAUUGAACAAUGUGGUUAUUAUUCAUGGCAAUCAAUGUUACGUUUAUAUUUAGAUUUAUUAAAACAAGGUUCCCUGUUGAAACGAAAUUGUUAUGAACUUAAACAACAAAUCAAAUCAAUUCUACAGAAUAAUACUGCAUCAUCAAAUAGAAUAAAUUCCAAAGAUAAUAUCAUUCCGGAAUCAUCGAUUCAAAUUCAAUUUACAUCGGAAUUUCUGACCGAAUUAAUGAAAUCAAGUUAUUUUUGUUUUCAUAAUGAUUUGGAAGAUUUAUCCGCUGAAUUGAUUGAAGAAAUUUGUAAACGUUCUACUUAUAAAUUUUAUGGUGAUGUUAUCCUGAUGGUAAAUGCAUUCAAAAAUACACAGGCAAUAAUUAAUCGUGACCGUGAAAAUCAUCGAGCCAAAAUGAAACGUAUGAAUCAAUCGGAAAUAAGUUUAAAUACCACAGCACAUGUUACAACAAUAACAUCAGUUUCAUCACGUAAAACUGCCAUUACAAAUGCAUCAUUUAAAACGAAAAAAUUACCUGAUGAUAUACCGAUUGUUCCGGUUGGACAACCUGCUGCCGCUACUGCUGCUGCUAAUCUAAAUGCUCAACAAGCACAUCAUUCAAAAAAUUCUUUACAACAACAACAUCCGAAACAAAAUGGUCGUCCAUCAUUUAAAUCAUUAGAUUCGAUUAAUGAAGAAACAUCAUCACCUAUAUUACCAAGUGGAAAAUUAAAUACUUCAAAAUCAUCAUCUUCUUCGUCGUCGAAACCACAACGUAAAAGUGGUGUUAUGAAUAUGUUAAAAGAAUUGAAAGAAAGUAAACAAACGAAAAAUAAAUCAUCCAAAUUAUUAUCAUCAUUGGAAACAAAUGGAAAAAUUUCAAAUACAAAUCAUAAUCAAGAAGAAUUAAUACAAAUGAAACAAAUGAAAAAACCGAAAAAAUUCAUCGAUAAUGAUAAUAAUGAUGAUGGUGAUCAAAUUGAUCAAACAAAUGAUAUUGAUUCGAUUAAUAUGCUUGGUUUGAAUCCACCGCUAGCACCAUUAGAACGAUUUACCGAUGAUGAUGAUGAUGACGAUGAUGGCGAUAAUGAUGAUAAUAAAAGUGGUGAAGCUAUGAUUAGUGGUGGACAUCAUUCAAAUGAAAGAUUUACCAAAUUACGUAUUAAUGAAAUUAAUGAUCAUAAUAAUUCAUCAUCCGAUUUACAAUCAGAUCGUUCUUCAGGUUCAUCAGCUGUAGCAUUAUUAGGUAUGAAUUUAAAUCAACAACAACAACAACAACAAAAUUCUCAGCAAAAUGGUCAACAAAAUAAUAAUAAUAAUAGUACAGCAACGAAUUCUUCAUCAAUGAUAAAAUCAUCAUCUUGAUUUUUAGAUUUUUCCAGUUGAGUUUGUUUUCUGAUGCCAAAUUGAUGAACAUGUGUAGAAUACAUAAUCUUAAAUGGUUUUU